ACACAACGAAAAAAAAGCCGCCAAAAGACCCGAACACAUUUGUUGACAUUUAAUUUAAAACGUUUGUUGCUUCUGUGCUUGAAAUAACGCGAAAAAAAAAUGCAGGCAUUCUUGAAAACCGGUAAAGUUAGUGGUGGAUUUGCCAAACCAAGCACAUCAUCUGGCAAAUCAUCCGAAAUCGAAGUCAAAAAAAUUGUUCCAUGGGUUGAAAAAUACCGACCAAAGAAAGUUGACGAUGUUGUUGAACAAAAAGAAGUGGUUGCCGUGUUGAAAGACUCACUGUCUGGUGCUGAUUUACCAAAUUUACUGCUUUAUGGACCACCAGGUACGGGUAAAACGUCAACAAUUCUUGCCGCCGCUCAUCAGCUGUUCGGUGAUAUCUACAAAGAACGUAUAUUGGAAUUAAAUGCAUCCGAUCAGCGUGGUAUCGAUGUUAUUCGAAAUCGUGUCAAACAAUUUUCACAGUUAACAGCCAGUGCUGUUCGGCCAGAUGGUAAACCGUGUCCACCAUUCAAAAUCAUUAUCCUUGAUGAAGCCGAUUCAAUGACACAUGCUGCCCAGGCUGCGUUACGUCGAACGAUGGAAAAAGAAUGUAGAACGACACGUUUUUGUUUGGUAUGCAAUUAUGUGUCACGAAUUAUCGAGCCAAUUACGUCUCGUUGCACGAAAUUCCGUUUCAAGGCGCUUGCACGCGAAAAAAUCAUCGAACGUUUACAAUACAUUUGUCGCGAGGAAAAUGUUCAAAUUGACAACGAUGUGUUUGAUAUCAUCGUUGACAUAUCGGAUGGUGACAUGCGUCGAGCAAUAACAACGCUACAAUCUUGUUUUCGCCUCAAAGUUGGUCAAGGAAAUAUUACAAAAACUGACAUUUUCGAAAUGAGCGGUUUGAUUCCGACCCAUUAUUUAUCGGAUUUUUUGGAAGUUUGCAAAAAAGGUGACUACAGCAAACUCGAACAAUACGUUCAAAAUAUCCAGUACGAUGCAUACUCCAUCUCACAGUUCUUCGAUCAAUUCAAUGAUUUUGUGAUCAAAAAUUCGGCGCUGACAUGCAAGCAAAAAGCGACCAUUUGCGAUAAAUUGGGUGAAUGUAGUUUGCGUAUGCAAGAAGGCGGCUCCGAAUACCUGCAAAUUAUGGACUUGGGCUGCACACUAAUUCAAUCAGUUCGAGCAUAAAACAAAUAUCACAAUCAUUUUCAUUUCGAUUUCAUUUCCAUUAUUUUUAAUUAUCAAUUUUAUUUUGAUUUGAUUUUCCAGUGGUUUUUUUUCUCU